AAAGAGGCCUUUAAAACACUGUUAAAAACAUUUCAAAACAUUAAAAAAAAAAAGAAUAGUAAAUUUACAUGUAGUGAGAGAUGUUCUAAAGUUUCACAAAAAGCAAGAGAUGUGGGAACUACAUUUUGUCAAAACGAAAAAAGCUUGUCCAUCCCUGUUAAAGCUUGUGUGCGGUGGCAACUCUGGACGGUCCGUUUCAUUUUGAAGAGCUAAUUGGUGCGCAAUAAACUCAUCAUAAAUGGAAAAGGAGAAUAAAAUUUCCAUGAAGCCAGUGACGCAGACAGCGCAGCACAAUUCUUCAGCUUCCGGCAAUGAUCUGUUGGCCCAAAAUCGAAUCAAAGUGCGUGAAGCGCUGAAGCGAGCCUGCAAGGACAGGCAACAACAAAUGACGCCAGUGAAGACAGCGUCGAAACCGCCACCAAAGCGCCAAGGAUAUUUGGUGCCCCAUUCAGAGAGGCUGCAAAUGUCCGCAAAAUUGCAAGCAGCCAAGAAGAAGAACACCAACAACAACAACAACAAUAACAAAAAUAACAACGAACGCAGCAGCAGUAACAAAAACAUCAAGAUCAGCGUCGCGGCUGCGGCUGCCACGAAAAAGCGGACGCCGCCCACUCCGCCCGGGUCUAGGCCAAGACAGCGAGGCCCACGCAAAAGCAAGCUGGAGGUGCGUACAUUUCACAAGGAAGAUGAAAUGGAGUUCUUCAGUUCUGAUUCGCCCAAAAAACGUCAAAAGGAAAAUGCCAUCAAUGCCAAAGCUCUUAAAAUACCCGACGAGCCAAUCGAACAGACAGCGGAGCCUCAGGUGCAGCUGAUGGAGCCGCCGCCAGACAAGCGUGUGCUCCUUUCUGAGUACAGCCAGGAGGAGUUUCUAGGACUAUUCGGUCUCAUUACGCACGAGGUGGCCAAAACACUGUCGCAACAACCCAAGACGAAAUGGAAGCGUCGCGUCACCCAGAAUAAGUUUUAUGGCCAUCAGGGCGCUAUGAGGCGUGCAAAGACGCUGAAGGCUGAGGCCGAGAAGAAGCAGUAGAAUGUUCAGUCAGAUGGGGACCCAGUGAGCAAUCAUCAUAUACUAUAGCUAUUUUUUUUACCCACUACGUCAAGUGGAAGUCAGUAUGAGCAGGACAACGAAGACAGAACUGGAGGAAAAAACAUUUAUAUUUACAUCGCAUAUACUUAAGUAAAGUUGAGUUGGCAAAGCUGAUUUGUUUUACUUAGAAAUUAAACACAGCGUAACUAAA